ACCCCGGCUGGGCAUCCAUCAACCGAGGUGUGUUGGUGUGUGAUGAAUGUUGCAGCGUCCAUCGUAGCUUGGGCCGGCAUAUUUCCAUUGUGAAGCACCUGCGACACAGCCCCUGGUCGGCCACCUUGCUACAGAUGGUGCACACCCUCGCCAGCAAUGGCGCGAACUCCAUCUGGGAACACUCCCUGCUCGAUCCGGCACAAGUGCAGAGCGGACGCCGUAAAGCGAAUCCUCAGGAUAAAGUCCACCCCACCAAGUCCGAAUUCAUCCGUGCCAAAUACCAGAUGCUGGCCUUCGUACAUAAGCUGCCAUGUCGGGAUGACGACGGGGUCACUGCCAAGGAUCUCAGCAAGCAACUGCAUUCGAGUGUCCGAACGGGCAACCUGGAAACCUGUUUGCGCCUUCUCUCCUUGGGGGCCCAAGCCAACUUCUUCCACCCAGAGAAGGGGACCACCCCUUUGCACGUGGCUGCCAAAGCCGGUCAGGUGCUCCAGGCGGAGCUGCUGGUGGUGUAUGGAGCUGACCCAGGCGCUCCCGACAUAAACGGCCGGACACCCAUCGACUACGCCAGACAGGCUUCCCAACAUGAACUGGCCGAGCGACUGGUGGAGUGCCAGUAUGAGCUGACCGACCGGCUGGCCUUCUACCUUUGUGGGCGCAAGCCAGUGCGCCCCAAAUGCAUGUCGCAAAGCUUAGACCUUUCGGAGUUGGCCAAGGCAGCGAAGAAGAAGUUGCAGGCGCUGAGCAACCACCUCUUUGAAGAGCUGGCGAUGGACGUUUACGACGAAGUGGAUCGCCGUGAAAACGACGCCGUCUGGCUCACCACGCAGAACCACAGCACCCUGGUGACGGAGCGCAGCGCGGUGCCCUUCCUGCCGGUGAACCCCGAAUAUUCAGCCACACGUAAUCAGGGCCGGCAGAAAUUGGCCCGGUUCAACGCCCGGGAGUUUGCCACCCUGAUCAUCGACAUCCUGAGUGAGGCCAAGCGGCGCCAGCAGGGCAAGGGCCUGACCAGCCCCACGGAGACCCUUGAUGCCUCCAUCCACGGCCCCGGCGACUUUGAUGACCAGCACGACUACGACAGCGUGGCCUCCGACGAGGACGCGGACCAGGAGCCCCUGCGGAGUGCGAACGCUGGGCGCAACAACCGUGCUCGGAGCAUGGACUCCUCCGACCUGUCGGACGGGGCCAUCACCCUGCAGGAGUACCUGGAGGUGAAGAAGGCCCUGGCCGUCUCCGAAGCCAAAGUCCAGCAACUCAUGAAGGUGAACAACAGCCUGAGCGAUGAGUUGCGGCGGCUGCAGAGAGAGAUUCACAAGCUGCAGUCGGAGAACUUGCAGAUCCGUCAGCAGGCGGGGCCCGUCCACCCGGCGGCCCCCACCCCCAGCGAGCGCCCCGAACACAGCCACCUCCCCUCCGCCCCAGCGGGAGCCCUCCGUCGCGACCGUCACGCCUUCUCCAUGUACGAACCGGGCGCCAGCACACUCAAGCCCUUCAGCCAGCCGCCCAUGGACGACCUGGUCAGCCGCCUGCAGCCCUUCCACCCGGGGAUCCGGAAGGGGGGCUCCAUUUCGGCCAUGCCGUUCCCCCCCUCGUCCUCUGCGCUGGUGGUGGGUCCGCCGGAGGGGAGCGGGCGCCACCUGGUGAGUGGACACUUCGUCCCCUGUUCGGAGAAAAUCCACACGGCGGUGACGGAAAUGGCCUCGCUCUUCCCCAAGAAACCGGCCCUGGAGACGGUGCGCAGCUCCCUGCGCCUCCUCAACGCCAGCGCCUACCGGCUGCAGAGCGAAUGCCGCAAGACGGUACCCCUCGAACCCGGGGCGCCGGUGGACUACCAGCUCCUGACCCAGCAGGUCAUCCAGUGCGCUUACGACAUCGCCAAGGCCGCCAAGCAGCUGGUCACCAUCACCACCCGGGAGAAGAAGCAGUGA